AUGGCUAAAAAAUCGAGGAAUAAUCGGCGUAAGACAAUGGAUAUAUCUUUAUUAGAUGGAGAUUCAAAACAAAUAGCUAAUACAUUAGUUGGCAUUAUUGCUGAUGUUGAUGAAUACUCAUGGGUAUAUAAUACUAAAUAUGAUGGCAAGCAAGAGUCUGUAACAUAUUGGUAUGUUUGUUCUCAAAGAGUGAAUUUGGAAAAACAACCACGAAAACAUCAGGAUCUAUUAAAACAACGUGAUACUCCAUCAAUGAAUCGAUUUAAUUGUGAAGGUUAUAUUCGAAUUAAUGUUAAUCAAACAACAAACAUUGCAAAAAUAGAAGUAAAUCAUAAUUAUUUGCAUCCUCCAACAUCUGAAAAUAGUGUAUCUGAAGAAAUAAAAAUGUUUAUUCAGGAGAAUAUUGAUUUAUUACCUUGUGAAAUUUACGCAAAAUUAAUUAAUAAAGGAUUGGAUUUAUCUAUUAAACAAAAGCAAAUCCACUUUUGGUGGACAAAGUUUAAUCAAAAUAGAUAUAUUCAUCAUGAAAAUUCUUUUCAAUCAGCAUUAAUUUGGAUGAAAGAACAAAAUUAUUAUAUUAUUUUAAAUUUAACAGAACCAGUACAAGCUAUAGCAUUUACAACCGGAAUUUAUGAACACUUAAAAAAAAAUAAUAUUCAUAUUCAUGAAUGUGAUAUUGACGCUACCUAUAACACAAAUAAUUUAAAAUUUGAACUUUAUGUAAUCCAUGCCAAAGUUGAUGGAGUAGGUUUUCCGCUUGCAUACCUUUUUUUGGAGAAUAAUGGUAACUGUGGUAAUGGAACACGAACUGAUAUAAUUAACAUGUUUUGUAAGCAAAUGAAAUUACAAGGAUUAAAUCCAGAAUUUUUACUAACGGACAAAGAUUUUGCCCAAAUCACAGCAUCACAAAGAAUAUGGAUAUUAUCAUCAUCAGAAAUCUGGAAAUUAGCAGUUAACGAAAUGUAUAUGUAUUGUGAACAGCAUUCAUUGCCUUUUCUUUGGGCUUAUAUGUGGAAGGAGUGGUAUUGUGCAGAACGAUGGGUAUUAUGGAUGCGUGCAGGUUGUGAAAAUAAGAUAUCAGUUUUAAAAACUACAAUGAUUGUAGAAUCUCACUGGAAAGUACUUAAGCGGGAUUUUUUAUAUAAAUUUUUUCGUCCUCAGCUUGAUUUAGUUGUUUUUAUAAUUACAAAAAAGAUGCUAAAGCAUCAGGAGCGGCGGUUUAAUCAAUUAGCAAUAGGAAGAGAAAAGCCAGAGCGGAGAAAGAUAUUCAAAUCUGAGUGGAAACGCUUAGCAAAACAUAAUGUAUCAAAUGAUUUUCGGUAUAUAACAGAUCCUGAUAAAUGGAUUUGUGGUUGUUUAUAUUAUUUAACCAGUCAUUUUUUUAUCUGUAAGCAUCUAAUUCAACAAAAAGGAGAAAUACUGCCAAAAUUUUUUGAUCAUAUAAAACGGAAUAAUCAGUAUCCAUUCUUAGAAAAUGCAGAUAACAGAAGUAAUAGUACACCCAAUACCUUAUUACAACUUGUGCCAUGUGUUCAGGACGAAUGUACCAUUCAUGAGGAGUUAACUGAGGAUGACUCUGACGCUUUCUUUGAUGAACUUAUUUCAAUUACAAAGCCGGCAACUGAUUUGCUUGAAGAGCACAAAUUCUCCCAAAAUAUUAAAUGGGGAAAAGGUGUAGAAAAAAACUUUAAUUCAAUUAGAAAAAUGGUACAAGAGGUAGAAACUUAUCGAUGAAAGAGAACGAUGCCUUUAACUUGGAAAGGCCAUAUUUGAAUUAAAGGUAU